AUGCCACCAAAAAGAUCAUGGUCUCAGUCGAAUGACGGACAGUCUCCUUCACGACCCAGACCUACUGAUUCGUCUCUCGAAACCCAUGCACCAGCCAUCUCUCGCAAAGUAAAGGCGUGCGCUGCUUGUCGAAAACAGAAGAUCAAGUGCAUAAUCGACGACCGUGGGCCGCCCUGCAAGCGAUGUACGGAGCGGAAUUUGGGAUGCGUGCUAAACAAAAGCCUGCAGACGCUGAUUGAGGAGCGCGGCCAAUGGAGGCAUACGCUGACCGCCGACCUUGAGCACGUACAUGUGGCAUUGCAGCAAGUUUUGUCGCGAUUGUCUCUUCCUCCUCUCCCACCCCUACAGUCACGAGACGCUGCUCAACAGGAUGACUCGCCCCGCGACAUGACUGAGCGUGACGAUCCUGGGCCUUCAUGCGACAAUUCGCCUCGGCUGUCCCCAGGAGACGAUGCACUUCACGUUCCUAUACAAUCGCUAUAUCAGAUCACCCGGCUGAGGGCUUUACGCUCCGAUCAUACGCCUGACGCGUCUGGCCCGUCCCUCACGCACCCGCUCAACCAGCCCAUCAACGACUUCAUCUCACAGGGUGUCGUGAGCGUCGAGGAUGCCGAACGUCUUGUACAAGUGUAUCUGCAACGUAUUGACACGUUCAUGUAUCUGCUUGGUGGUGGAAAGUAUCAAGAUCUAGACAGCAUGCGACGCGGCUCUCCGAUCCUGACUGCUGCCAUAUGCACUGUUGCCGCGCUUCACGAUCCUGCCGAUAACCACUUGUACGGACCUUGCAAUAGGGAAUUCCGUCGUCUAGUGGCAGCAUCCAUGUUUGAGCGCCGCAUCAAUCGAGACUGUAUGCGUGCCAUGUGCGUUGGUGCGUACUGGCUUCAUGACAUCUCUUGGACCCUUUCCGGAUGUGCUAUCCGUCGAGCCACCGAAAUCAACUUGAAUCGGAACUACCAGCUUGUUAUCCACGAGGGUAACGAGGACGCCAUGGACUGCAUGCGGAUAUGGUAUAUACUCUACAUUUGUGACCACCACCUGUCCGUGCUGUAUGGCCGUCAGAGCAUUAUCCGUGAAGACACGUCAAUACUGGAAUGGGAGGAGCUCUUGAAAUCGCCUGUGGUCACGGAGUCUGAUAGACGCAUGAUUAGCCAGAUGGCUUUGUUGAUCAUUAUGAGCAACAUUCGAGACCUUUUCGGACCAGACACUGGGGAGCCAGUCCCUAGGGCAUUUGUGUCUCAGUUGGCGAGUUUCAGUAGACGCAUCGACCAGUGGAUGGGUUUUUGGACGACGGAAUUGUCGAAACUUCAUGAGCGCAUUGGGGAAUUUCCGACCAAAGGCGUCAUACUACACCACCAUUUCGCAAAACUGCAUCUGCAUUCUCAUGUAUUUCGCGGUCUGAAGGGCGCCGCUGUCCCAACACACUUUCGGGAAAGUGCAACGGCUGCCGUUUCUGCGUCCACGGCUAUCAUUGAGAUGUUGCUCGGUGACCGGGACGUAAGGGAGAGUCUCGUUGGGAUUCCCCAUUACAUACACUCCAUGAUUGCUUUCGCUUGUGUAUUCCUACUCAAAGUGGCCGCACAGCAUUCAGGCCAAUACAUCGAUGACGGCUUUGUUCUCGACCUGAUUACCAGAGUAGUCCAGCAGCUACGAUCGACAUCUACCGGCCAAUACCAUCUGGUACACUUGAUGGCCGAUGGUCUUGAAAAGCUGGCAGUAUCCAAGAUCCAGAGCCCUUCUGUAUUACAUAUGCACAACCCCUCCAUCAGCGGUGACCUGCAUGCUGGUCUACCACAUCCCAUGGGCAAUACGACAACACCGCUCAAUGGUAAUGACACUGGUAACGUGUAUGCAGGUGACAUGAUGAGCACCGGUUUCGAAGCAGACUUCAAUCUAGGAACCUCACAAUUUCUCCUAUCCGACUUUGGGAACUUUGACUUUAAUUUCGGUGGAAUGGGAUAG